UAUUGGGUUGAUUGGUUUAUUAGUUUGAAAGGAAAUGAUUAUUUUUGUAAAGUGGAUGAUAGUUUUAUUGCGGAUCGAUUUAAUUUAGUCAAAUUGGAAGAAUGUAUUCCUCGUUAUUACCUUGAAGCUUUGGAUAUGAUGACUGACAAUUUUGAUUAUCGCGAAUAUGAUCAAACGACAAGAAUUGAAAUUGAAAAGAUGGCUAUGCAUUUAUAUGGGUUGAUUCAUGCAAGAUUUAUUCUUACCAAUACGGGAAUGGCAAAGAUGAUGAUCAAAUAUAAACAAGCAAUUUAUGGCACAUGUCCUCGAUAUUAUUGUAAACAUCAAGCUCUUUUACCUAUUGGAUUAUCGGAUCAACCUUUUACGCAUACCAUCAAAUUAUAUUGUCCACAAUGUGAAGAUGUUUACAAUAUAUAUUCCUCUCAACAUGCCUCUAUGGAUGGUGCUUAUUUUGGUACAACUUUUGCUCAUCUUUUUUUACAAACACAUCCUUCCUUAUUACCAAUGAAAUCCAGUGAUCAUUAUGUACCACGAAUAUUUGGAUUCAAAAUCAUGAACAACAAAAAAAAUAAUACCUCUUAUAUUCCCAACUCUCGUUUAGUACCCAGUUGA